AUGGAUCUGCUCGAGAAUUUCUCCCCAGCAUCAGGAAAUAGGAAGUUCUUAGUGGUUGCUAUCGAUAACUUCACAAAAUGGGUGGAAUUCGAGCCCUUAGCAACCAUCACAAAGAAAAAUAUGGAGAAGUUUUUUCGUGAUAAAAUCAUAAACCGGUUCGGCCUACCUCAGGUCUUUCUCACUUACAAUAGGAAGCAGUUCGACAACACAACUUAUAGGGUUUUUUGCGCUCACUACCACAUUGAGUUCAAAAAUAUUGCUAUGGCCUACCCUCGGUGUAAUGGUCAGGUUAAAGUGACGAACCGAACUCUCCUAGAUGGUAUCCGGAAGCAGCUGCUCGAUGCUAAAGCCAAAUGGGUAGAAGAGUUACCGAGCAUGUUGUGGGCUUACAGGAUCACAGUUUGGACUCCGACAGGCGAAACUCCUUUCAAACUAGUAUAUGACACGGAGGCCCUAACACCAGUGGAAAUUACUGACCUUAGGGAUGAGAAAUUCCUCACCUGUGAGGCACAAAAUGCCUUAUCCGUGAGGCAGAUUACUGACAUUAGAGUCAGGAAAGUCCUCACCUAUGAGGCACAAAAGACCUCAUCUGUGAGGCAGAUUACUGAUCUCUGGGUCAAAAAAGUCCUCCCCUCGUGA